UUGAGUUUGGCAACCGAAUCCAACCCACGCUCUUUGUUACUCUACUCCCAUGGUCGUUUCUUGUGAUUCAUUUCCUCAAUUUUCUAUGUCCACACUUGUACACAGAUCAGAGAGAUAUUGGAUUAUUUAUUGGUUGUGUCACGUUGCAGUAGCUGAAUGAAUCUGAGGAGGGAAUCAAUAUAAAAGACAGAGAGAGAACAGAGAAGCACAUUAAUUAAUUUUGAUUGAAUAAUACAACAAAAAAUGAUGCAGCAGCAGGAUGAUUCCCCACCAUUGGUGGAAGAAGCAGUUUCAUACAUGCGCUGUCCAGUUCCACCACCAUUGUUUCCUCUGCCAUAAUGUUCUUCCAAUUCCUGAAUGCCUCUCUAUGAUCAGGAAACCAUGUACAUUGUGAGAUCUUGCUGAAUUGCAUGAAAAUUACAAGCUAUGGCUUACUCUGCUAUUGCAAUGCCUACCUCUCCAACUAUGGACAUAUCCACAGAGCAGAAUGAUCUUCGCCGCUCACACUCCAACAAAGACUUGUUGUGUACACGUUCCAUUAUGAGAAGGUCUUAUUCUGAGAACCACUUAUAUAGCCACAUCAACCGCAUACAAGCUACAUCAAUGCAAUCAAACCAUAAGGGCAAUUCUCCAUUUCAGAUUUCAAGUUCCAUUUUCCCAAAUUCGCUUCGCUCCUUCUUAUUUGACUCACAAACAAGUAAGGGAGUAAAUAUAAGGGAGAAGAGUUUUCAUGUUGAGGAAAGCAUGGAGGAAAUUAGCAGUGAAGAAGAGAGAGUAGAUAGAACCAACUGGGUAGAGAGGCUUAUGGAAAUUAAGAAGCGUUGGAGAAACAGAAUACCUAAAGAAAGUAUACAUAUGGAUGAUGGGGCGUGCUACGACAACACUACUUCUGGUGAAUGUGAUUGUGAUGUAGAUGACAGUGUUUGUGAGGUGGAUUAUGAAGAAGAAGAGCAAGAAGUGACAUAUGAUCAUGACUCAUUCUCAAAAUUUCUUGCUCAAGUGCCAUGGACUGAUACCAAACACUACUCUCAGCUUGCUUUCCUUUGCAACAUGGCUUAUGUAAUACCUAAAAUCAAGGCUAUGGAUUUGAGGAGAUACUAUAGUCUUCAAUUUGUAACAUCUUCUUUAGAGAAGAAAGCUGAAAUUGCUAAGUUAAAAGCGAAACUUGAUCAAGACUCAACUCGAGUUCCUAUAGAUGAUUCAGCAGCAAGUCAAGAUGGCUCAGAGAAAUGCAAAGAUAAUGAAAACAAGCAUCAAAUCCGGGUUGCUUAUGACAUUGCUGCUUCAGCUGCCUCUUAUGUCCAAUUGCGAGCUAAGGACCUCUUGUCCCUUGCUGCAAAGUCACAGCAUAGUGAUAACAACAAUAAGGAUUCUAAUGGAGUAGACUCACCACAACAGGAGGCAGAAGCAACCUCACGGGGUUAUAAAUCAGAGGUUGCAGCUUACAUGGCCGCCUCAACAAUGACUUCUGUGGUUGCAGCAGGUGAGAGGGAAAGGCAUGAAACAGCAAAGGACCUACAAUCACUCCAUUCAUCACCUUGUGAGUGGUUUGUCUGUGAUGAUUUCAGCAAUUACACUAGAUGUUUUGUUAUUCAGGGUUCAGACUCAGUGGCAUCUUGGCAUGCAAAUCUCUUCUUUGAACCCACCAAAUUUGAAGGCACAGAUGUGCUUGUUCACAGAGGAAUCUAUGAAGCUGCAAAAGGAAUAUAUGAGCAAUUCAUGCCAGAAAUAAUGGACCAUUUGAAAAGACAUGGUGAUCGUGCAAAGCUUCAAUUCACUGGACACUCCCUUGGGGGAAGUCUCUCCCUUUUGGUUCAUUUGAUGCUAUUGGCUAGGAAGGUUGUCACCCCCUCAACCCUUCUGCCAGUAGUAACUUUUGGCUCACCAUUUGUAUUCUGUGGAGGCCAAAAACUAAUGGAUGAGCUAGGCAUGGAUGAGAGUCAAAUCCAUUGUGUGAUGAUGCAUAGAGAUAUUGUUCCAAGGGCCUUCUCCUGCAAUUACCCCAACCAUGUAGCUCUAGUCCUCAAGCGCUUGAACAGCACGUUUCGGUCACAUCCUUGUCUCACGAAAAAUAAGCUAUUGUACUCACCACUGGGGAAAAUAUUCAUUCUCCAACCUGAUGAGAAGACAUCUCCUCCACAUCCUUUACUCCCUCCAGGAAGUGCCUUCUAUGCCUUGGACAGUACUAGAUGCGGAUACUCUCCAAGUGUUCUUAGAACCUUCCUUAAUCAACCGCAUCCUAUUGAAACACUCAGUGAUCCAACGGCAUAUGGUUCAGAAGGCACAAUUCUGAGAGACCAUGACUCCAGCAACUACCUCAAAGCUGUCAAUGGAAUCCUGAGACAACAUUCCAAGAUUCUGGUUCGCAGAGUAAGGGAGCAGAGGAUUAAUGAGUUAUGGCCACUGCUGACUUCACCAUCUCCUCACUUGUGGAGCCAUGAACAAAACAUGGAGAGAUGCAGAUUCAUGACAAAGGAGAUAAUAACUGGGGUCUAAAAUGCCUUUUUCUUAUUAAUUUCUUCUGAGGUUCCUCCAGAACACCAGAUCUUGAUAAAAUAAAAUCAUGGAACUAAAUUGGCUUAGUAACAUCAUUUUAUUUUAUGUACAUCUAUAAACAUCUAGCUAGCAGUGUAUGUAUUCAUCACUCCAUAGUCCAUAUAUGAUUAUCAUUGUACGCAAAAUGUCAAUAAUUCCAAUAUAUACAUGAUGAUGUAUUUGUAUAGACACACUAAAUAAGUUGCCAACAAAAGAGUGGUUUCUUAUGGUUUAAUUUCUGUUUGUACAUGAACAGAUUUUCAUUUUAAUCCAUAAGAGAAGUUUGUUUUAAUGUU